UGAGAAGGAGAGGGAAGUGGAGAGACUACUGCUACUGAUGCUGCGGCUCCAGCGAUGGGUGUCAGUCUCAGCCAGUCCUGGACGGAGACGGUAUAGAGCUCGGUGGCAGUCGGGUCUUCGGCACGAGGAAGCACUCGGGGAGUACUGCCGCAGUCACGCAGAGUGUGGUGCUGCUUCAGGACAACUUGGGAGCCCUUCUCUUGCCGAUCGAUGCGCAAGACAUUCUUGAAUGAAGUCGAAUUAUUUGAAUUAAUUUUAUUGCUGUUGAACUAACCAUCUCAAUAAUCUUAACGUUAUCGCGGUGAGUAACGAAACUUGGUUUCGUUUUGACUUAUUUGAUCUGAACUUUUAGUAACAUAGACCCCGACAUGAAGACGCAGCGUCAAUGUCACUAUUAGCGGAUAUUUACGUUUUUAAUUUGAACCGUUACAAUUUGGUUUGAUGAAAUUAUACCUGUCUCGUGGUAUAUCUGGAAGGACCUGAGACUUUCGUGAUCAGUGGCGUAUAAGAGAUGUCAUUUCUGGUGUUUACUGAGUAAUAGCCAAGGAAAGUGCGACGGAAGACAACAGAAACACUUCCCACAGUCGCCAUUGACAUAUUUCUUCUCGAGUGAGAAUUAUCGGAUGACUUUGUGUGAGAACUGUUUCCGCGCACGCGCUUGAACGCUGUGGUGCAGCAUGUGGCAGUUAUCUCUGGUCACUGCGGCCUCAACAAAGAGAAAUACGAGCAAGGGUCGUCGGGAUCUGCCGAGCAGUAACACCAUGGCACUUUGGCUCCUGCUCUUCCUGGCCGUCGCUCCGACGAGAGCCACGCAGUACCCUGGACACGGUCUGGACGCCGACAAUGCUCUCCAGUCUGCGCCCGCCGGAGGACCGAACGUUUGUAGAUCGAGAUAUCGAAAUUACUGCUGCCCUGGGUGGACGAUUAAAGUGUCUACAGGACUCUGCGUUGUACCGAUCUGCUCGCGGUCGUGUGGCGCCUCUGGCCGAUGCAUCAAGCCCAACAUCUGUCUGUGUGACGGAGGCACGGUCUCUUCCUCAUGUCCUCCUCCGUCUUCGCAGCAGCAAAGACCAGAUGGAAGAAAUGGAAGUACAUGUCAAGCCGCUUGCUUAAAUGGAGGAACAUGUAGUGGCUCUAAGUGUGUGUGUAGACCUGGCUAUCAGGGCGAAUUUUGUGGAGAACCUGUAUGCCGAGAGCCGUGCCUGAAUGGUGGCAGAUGUAUUGGACCAGACAGAUGUGCUUGUAUCUAUGGAUUUACAGGAAGAAGAUGUGAAGCUGACUACCGGACAGGUCCCUGCUUUACCCGAGUGAAGAAUGACAUGUGCCAAGGCCAGCUACAAGGAGUGGUGUGUACUAAACAGCUUUGUUGUGCCACUGUGGGUCAAGCAUGGGGUCAUCCCUGUGAAAAAUGUCCUACACACCUUGAUUGUGAUGAAGGCUAUCUCAAGAACAUCCACAGUGGGCUGUGUGUUGAUAUUGAUGAGUGUGAAGCAAUCCCAGGUCUGUGUCAAGGUGGCAAAUGUGUUAACACAGUGGGUUCUUUCAAAUGUGAGUGCCCUGAAGGACAGGCAAGAAAUAUAGAAACCAAUGAAUGUGAAGAUCGUGAUGAGUGCAAGGAAGCCGGUUUCUGUCUGGAUGGACGUUGCGUUAACACUGAUGGUUCAUAUUACUGCGUUUGUAACCAAGGCUUUAUUCCCAGCCAAGACAGGAAGGGAUGCAUAGAUGCACGCCAGGGAAACUGCUACACAUCUGUAACACGCACUGGACAGUGCAAGAACAGACUUCCAAUAAAACUCUCUAAAAAGGACUGCUGCUGUGGCAUGAACAUGGGUAAAGGUUGGGGUGACAACUGUGACAUCUGCCCCACCCCUGACACAGAGGCUUAUAGAAGGCUGUGCCAUCCAAGCCCAGGUGACAUCACGCAGGUGAACGAAUGUGCUCUGCGAGCCAACAUUUGUGGCAAUGGACAUUGUAUUGACACCCCUGAUGGCUACCUGUGCGAGUGCUACCCAGGCUAUAGAAAGGGCGAGUCUGAAGUGUGUGAAGACAUUGAUGAAUGCUCUGAACUGAACUACUGUCAAGGAGGGCAGUGUACAAAUACUCCUGGAAGUUUCCACUGUGUCUGUCCACCAGGAUUUGAUGUCUCUUCUGAUGGAAGACUUUGUAUAGACCAUGAUGAAUGUAGUCAGACUGGGAUGUGCGCAAAUGGCCAGUGUAUAAAUAUGGAUGGUUCCUUCAAAUGUCAGUGUCACAGUGGAUUUAUUCUCUCACCAUCUGGACAUUCAUGUGUUGAUAUUGAUGAAUGUUAUGAGAAUGCACGAAUCUGCCUGAAGGGUCGCUGUGAAAAUAUACCUGGAUCCUACCGCUGUGUGUGUCAGGAUGGCUUUACACCAUCACUGGAUGGGACCUUCUGUGUGGACCUGGAUGAAUGUUCUCAGACAGGGAUGUGUGAAAAUGGCAAAUGUGUCAACAUUGAUGGCUCAUUCAAGUGUGUUUGUGAUUCUGGUUAUCGCCUGGGCCCUGACAGGAAGGUGUGUGUUGACAUAGAUGAAUGUAUAAGCAUCCCUUGCCAGCAUGGGACCUGUAUAAAUUCCCAAGGAAGUUUCCGCUGCGAAUGUACCGCAGGGUUCAUACUUGGUCCAGAUGGAAGAUCAUGUCUUGAUACACGCCGUGAUCUGUGCUACUCCCAGUACCGAGAUGGUCAGUGUUUAAAUCCAACUGCAAUACCAGUAACUAAGUCAAGUUGCUGUUGUUGUACUGUGAUCACUGGUCAGCCAAUGGGCUGGGGCACUCCCUGCCAGCCAUGUCCACCACAGGGUUCAUUUGAGUUUCAGAGUCUCUGUCCACAUGGUGCUGGAAUGACAUUCAGUGGGGAUGACAUUAAUGAAUGUGCCCAAACCCCUGGUAUCUGCCAAAAUGGAGCUUGUGAAAACCUGAUAGCAACAUACCGGUGCAUUUGCAACCCAGGGUACCAGGUUGAUAAUACAGGGAAAAUUUGCAGCGAUAUCAAUGAAUGUGAGUUAGAUGACUUGGUUUGCAGUGGAGGACAGUGCAGGAACACCCCAGGUAGCUUCCAGUGCAUCUGCCCGACAGGUACCCAAUUGAAUCCAGUCACACAAGUAUGUGAAGAUAUUAAUGAAUGCAGGGAGCUAGGCCCUGAUGCUUGUUUUAAUGGUGUCUGUGUGAACAAUGUUGGUUCAUAUGAGUGUGAAUGUGAACCUGGGUUCAUUCUGGAUAACACUGGAAGGAUUUGUAUUGAUAACAGGAAGGGAUCAUGCUGGACAAGGUUAGUGGGUGGCCGCUGUGAGAACAAUCUCCCUCGUCUUACAUUAAAGUCUGAAUGCUGCUGUUCAAUUGGCCUGGCAUGGGGCAGCCCUUGUGAGAUAUGUCAUGGGCUGUGUGAUUGCCCCAAAGGUUAUGCUAAGGUAGAUGGAAAGACAUGUACAGAUGUAAAUGAAUGUGACCUGAAUGUCGGGGUGUGUAGAGGAGGAGGAACAUGUGUUAAUACAGAUGGGUCUUUCACAUGUGCCUGCCCCCCAGGAUUAACUUUGGAUCCUACUGGUACAAUGUGCCUGGAUGUUAGGCAGGAGGCAUGUUACCCUGAAUAUCGUCACGGACAGUGCAGUAAUCCUCUAGAAGGAAUUUUUUCACGCAUCGUAUGCUGUUGCUCUUCUGUUGGCAAAGCUUGGGGUGGAGGAGAUAGAGGAACCAUCAGAUGUGAACCUUGUCCACGGCCAGGAACUCAGGUUCACCAGGAACUUUGCCCCAAAGGAAUUGGUUUCAUAGAUCGAAAGGACAUUAAUGAGUGCACAGAAUUCCCAGGAAUGUGUACCAAUGGUCGCUGUAAGAAUACAGUUGGAGGGUUUAGCUGCAAAUGCAACCAGGGUUAUGCACUGGAUGAAAAUGGCAUAAAAUGUAUUGAUAUUGAUGAGUGCAGCAUCAUGCAUGGUGUGUGUGGAGAUGGAACAUGCCGAAACACACCAGGCAACUUUAUCUGUGACUGCAAAGAAGGAUAUGAGAGUACUAUGAUGAUGCAGGUGUGCAUGGACAUCAAUGAAUGUGAACAAACCCCAGGGCUGUGUCGUGGAGGCGUGUGCAUUAACACACCAGGAAGCUAUCGAUGUGAAUGUCCUCCUGGCCAUGAGCUUGCUGCAAAUAAGAAAGCUUGUAAAGAUAUUGAUGAAUGUUCUCGUACAAGUGGUAUUUGUUCCAAUGGAGUUUGUGAAAAUAUGAUGGGUACAUAUCAGUGUGUUUGUGAUGAUGGUUACCAACAAACUGGACAGAAGUCACACUGUGAAGAUAUUGAUGAAUGUAAAUCUAAUAAUGCAGGCUGUGAUGACAUCUGUAUGAACACACCGGGCAGCUAUUCUUGUGCAUGUAGUAUUGGCUAUAUGCUACUUCUGGAUGGACGGAGUUGUACAGAUGUUAAUGAAUGUAAGGAGAACCCGCGCAUCUGUAAUGGUGGAAAGUGCACCAAUACACCAGGAAGUUAUUCAUGUGUCUGCACUAAGGGCUUGCUUCCAGGUCCAGACAGCACAUCCUGUAUAGAUGUGGAUGAGUGUGAAAUGGAAGAAGAUGUGUGUGUGAAUGGGGAAUGUGACAACACCCUUGGAUCAUUUAUGUGUCGCUGCGAGGAAGGUUACUCAGCAAAGCCUGAUAAUGGCCCAGGGUGUACAGAUGAUGAUGAAUGUGAACUUGGCUCCUAUAACUGCGACGUGAAUGCCGACUGCAUCAAUGCCCCCGGCUCUUACUUCUGUCGCUGUCGAGAUGGUUUCACUGGUAAUGGAGUGAGUUGCAGAGAUGUUAAUGAAUGUCUCACUAAUAAUGGUGGCUGUGAUCAGAAUGCUCAGUGCAUCAACACUGAGGGUUCAUUCAAGUGUGUUUGUGAUGCUGGCUUCCGAGGUGAUGGCUAUUCAUGUGUGGAUAUUGAUGAGUGUUCAAGUGACCCAACUCUCUGUGAAAAUGGCCACUGUUUGAAUUAUCCAGGUUCAUUCCGAUGUGAAUGUGAGAUGGGUUUCAUGCAUCCUGAUGAAAGGAGUGAACAGGCCUGUGUAGAUAUCAAUGAAUGCCAAAUGUUCAGCAACUUGUGUGUCUAUGGUCGUUGUGUGAACAUCUUUGGAAUGUUUCGUUGUGAAUGUGAUGAAGGCUAUGCACUAGAUGGCUCUGGUGGCAACUGUACAGAUAUUAACGAGUGUGAAAGCCCUCAAGCCUGCCUUUAUGGAACCUGUAUUAAUACCCAGGGCAAAUUCAUCUGCCAGUGUCCUUCCAAUUAUGAGCUCAUACCAGCUGGAAAUGCUUGUGUUGAUCGCCGGAAGUCACGGUGCUACAUGAGAGUAGAGGAGAAGACUGGACGUAGACGCUGUAGCCAAGAAAUUGGUGAAUCUGUUACCAGGGCAACAUGCUGUUGCACCAUUGGCAAGGCGUGGGGUCCACGUUGUGAACUAUGUCCACAAGAAGGCUCUGAGGAAUAUAAAUUCCUGUGCCCAAAUAACAAUGGUUAUAGGCCCAACAGCAUCACAGUGCUUCUGGAAGAUAUCAAUGAAUGUGAAGAGUAUGAGAACUUGUGUCAAAACGGUCACUGCACCAAUACAUUUGGCAGCUUCAUGUGUUUAUGUAAUGACGGCUUCCGUUUGGAUGAUAGCAAUGCCCUUUGUGUGGAUAUUAAUGAAUGUGAUGAGGACCUACAUAUCUGUGGAGUAGGGUCUUGUGUGAAUGAAAUUGGAAAUUACCACUGUGUAUGCCCACAUGGUUACAUGUUGCUGCCUAAUGGAAAGGAGUGUGUGGAUAUGCGGAAGGGCCAGUGCUUCUUGGAAUACAGCGAUGGUGGCUGCACCAAUCCAAUGAUGCAUGAACAGACUCGUAUGGUUUGUUGCUGUUCCAUGGGGCAUGCCUGGGGUACCCCAUGUCAAGAAUGUCCUCACCCAGAUUCAAAAGAGGGAAUUGCAUUGUGUGGAGGCCCAAAGAUGAAGCCUGGCUACAUAAAGAACCGUAUUACUAAUCAAACAGAAGAAAUAGAUGAAUGUCAUCUCAUGCCAACAAUGUGCAAUCAUGGACGAUGUAUGAACACGCCAGGAAGCUUCGAAUGUCAGUGUGAUCGAGGAUUUAUCUAUGACAUCAAUGUGCAUCAAUGUAUUGAUGACAAUGAAUGCAUACGCGUUCCAAGUCCAUGUCGAGGCAAUGCUCAAUGUGUCAACUCACCAGGAAGCUUUGAGUGUCAGUGUCCGGAAGGUUACAAGCUUGGAAUAAGUGUGAGAGAUUGUGUAGAUAUUGAUGAGUGCACAGAGAGAAUUGGAAUCUGCAGCAAUGGGGAGUGCAACAACUUUCAAGGAAGCUUCCAAUGUAUAUGUCAGAAUGGCUACCAGCUAACAGCUACACGAGACUCCUGUCUCGACAUAGAUGAGUGCAAACGUCAUCCAAGCAUAUGCAACAAUGGCACUUGUGUCAAUGCAGUUGGAUCAUACAAGUGUCAUUGCUACCCAGGCUUCAAGCUCAGCCACAACAAUGACUGCAUUGAUAUUGAUGAAUGCCGCAUCAUGCCUUUCCUGUGUCGCAAUGGACGGUGUCGUAAUGUUCUGGGUUCAUUCAACUGUGAAUGUGCAGAUGGCUAUAUUUUGGCAGCUGACGGACAGCACUGUAGGGAUGUAGAUGAAUGUCGUGAGGUUCCAGGGACCUGUCCUCCUCCAGGAAAGUGCCAGAACUUGAUGGGAUCAUAUAUCUGCAGCUGUCCACCUGGCUAUGAACUUGGUCCUGAUGGAAAUGUGUGUGAAGAUAUUGAUGAAUGUGUGGAGAAUGCUGGAAUUUGUGAGGAAGGAGCAUGUGUUAAUACAGAUGGAGGGGUGAUAUGCGAGUGCCCUGAAGGUUACAUACUCAGUCCAAAUGGUAUGAAAUGUAUUGAUGUCCGAGAGGAACUGUGUUACAAUGAAUUCUAUAGAGGGCAGUGUUCUCGUCCUCGCAUGAUACCCAUUACAGCAAAGAAAUGUUGCUGUUCCCUGGGUUUGGCAUGGGGUCGAUACUGUGAACAAUGUCCUCGCCAAGGUUCAGCUGAAUUCCACAAACUGUGCCCACAAGGAGUCGGUCGAGGGGACACAGGAGAAGAUCUUAAUGAGUGUGUGUUCAUGCCUAAUGCUUGUGAGGGAGGUGACUGCAUUAAUACAGACGGGUCAUUCCGAUGUGAAUGUCCUACUGGAUUUGUGCUUGAUGAAACUGGCAAAAAGUGCAUUGAUGACAAUGAAUGCAUAUCAGUAAAAAAUAUCUGUGGUAACGGUACUUGCAGUAAUGUUGAAGGUGGCUUUGAAUGUUCCUGUAAUGAAGGUUUUGCCCCUGGACCAAUGCAGGUGUGUGAGGAUGUUAAUGAAUGUCAGGAGAUGGGAAAUCAGUGUGCCUUCCGAUGCCACAAUGUUCCAGGAUCUUUCCGCUGUAUAUGUCCAUAUGGUUAUGCCUUGGCACCAGAUGGGAGACACUGUCAAGAUGUGGACGAGUGUGCAACACCUGCAAACAACUGUAAAUUCAUGUGUAAGAACUUGAUCGGAACGUUCAUAUGCAUCUGUCCUGAGGGUUACCAGCAAGUAGGACUCACUGAUGACUGCCGAGAUAUUAAUGAGUGUGUUACCAAAUCCAACAUUUGUCGGAAUGGUAACUGUAUAAACCUGCAAGGAAGUUAUCGCUGUGAUUGCUAUGAUGGUUUUGAGCCCAGUCAUGACCGCAAACAAUGCAUAGAUCGCCGAGUUGGUUUCUGUUUCCGACAGCUAGUGGCAGGUCGCUGUACAAGUCGUACUGAUGGGCUCAUGUCUGUAACAAGGGCGGAUUGCUGCUGUACAAUGGGGGCUGCCUGGGGACCACACUGUGAGAUUUGCCCCUCAUCUACAUCAGAUGAUUACCAGGAUCUUUGUCUUGAAUCAGGGUACUCAGUAGAUGGCCAUGAUAUUGAUGAGUGUAAUACAAUACCAGAUCUUUGCCGCAAUGGAAGAUGCAUAAAUACCCUUGGUUCAUAUCGAUGUAUCUGUAACAAGGGUUAUAAGCCUCAUCACAGUGGAACACGCUGUCUUGAUGUGAAUGAGUGUGAACAAGUUCCUUCACCAUGUAAGUUUGCAUGCCAGAACACAGAUGGGAGUUUUAUUUGCUCAUGCCCAAUUGGAUUUGUUCUCAACCCUGAUGGAGUUAGUUGUCGUGAUCUGGAUGAGUGUGCAACAGGACGACAUGUAUGUCAGCAUGAAUGUGUCAAUACACAAGGCAGUUAUAAAUGUUCAUGUCCAAAAGGCUACAAUCAGAUUGGAGACCAAUGUACAGAUAUCAACGAGUGCCUGGAGCAGACUGGAACUUGUCCACUUCCUGGGACUUGUAUCAAUACACUGGGAAGUUUCAAAUGCAUUUGUCCUCGAGGAUACAAGUUGGAUUCAACAGGAACGUUUUGUACAGAUGCAGAUGAAUGCACUGAUGAUUCUAAAUGUCCAUAUGGUUAUGGCUGCCAGAAUCUGGUUGGCACCUUCCGAUGUGCUUGUCCAGAAGGUUUCAUUCAGCACUUUUAUCGCAGCGAGUGUGUAGAUGAUAAUGAAUGCAACCAGUCUCCCUGUGGCUCUGGUGCAUGUUACAACACUUUUGGUAGCUACCGUUGUGGAUGCCCUGAUGGCUACCAAUUUGACACAGCACUCUCUGUUUGCAUACAGGUUAGUGCUGGUUGUGCAGGAAGCCCAUGUGCAUUUGGCUGUACUUCACUAGGUGGCAACAGUUUUCAGUGUGGCUGUCCAACGGGAUACCAACGUAUUGGUCAAGGUCACUGUCUGUCAACAAUAAAUCCUGUAGCCCAUAGCUAUACAACAGGAGAAGAUAUAGGAAAUGUCCCAACUUACCCUAUUGAAUCUGAUCACUAUCAGAUACCGCAAGACAAACUCAUUUCUACCGAAGGUUGUUUCUCUUGCAAGGUUAAUGGUAAAAGCCGCCAUAGAAGAUCUCUGCAUGGGUUACCGUUUACACUAAAUUGGAACAACACUUAUGUAAAUAAUGCACUAAAUGACAAUGGAACUCCAGGCACUAAGAAAUCAAAUACUUCAUUUAAGUUACAUCAUAAGAAACGCAGUGUACACAGGAAGAAGAAAGUGAGACACCAUCAUGACGAACAAAUGUUAUACCUGAAACUGAGUUUGGCACAAACCAAACAUCGAAUGAGAAUAGUGAAACUUCAGCCAGCUGUAAAGAAUGACUUUGAAUAUGUGAUAUCAAGAGGAAAUGAGAAUGGCCAGUUUGAAAUGGUCAAGAAACAUGGAGUGUGGGCACUGCACUUCAAACGAAGACUCAAACAUCCUAAGACAUAUGAUCUCAUAAUUGACAGCCACUCUAUCAACUUUGUCGAUAAUGAUACUUGGGAGAAACCUCUUUCCCUUCGACUGAGACUUGUUGUCACGCAGUAGUUAUCUCAGGCUCACUGCACAGCACGCAUCUUUGCUGUCAUCCAAUAUCAUCCAAGGUGACAUUUGUGCAGUAUAACGGUAAUAAAACUAAGGAAAGAUAUAUACCAUGUAAUGUGUUCCAGAAACAGUCCAAUGUCCUUGCUUUUAUUGAAAGCAUAUACUUCACUGCCAAUAUUAUUAACUAAAUGUUUUCUUCAGUCUUUUAUGUAUUUUAAAUAACACUGAAAUUACUGAAAGGAGUAUAUGCCAAGUGAUAAAGUAUUAUAUAUUUGUUUUAAUUUCUUUAAAGAUAUAAAUAGUGACUAUUUAUAAGACUGUAGGUAAUUUCUUUACACAAUGUCUGUAUAAAAUAUAUAAAGUGAUAAUACUUGGUGUGGCAAACUCUUUUGUACAGAUCUAUCAGUUUGCUUCAUAUAUUGCCAAACAUAGUUUAGCUUAACUCCUUUAAUAGGUUUAUAUUAUACAGAAAUGAAGACUUAUGUCUUAUUUCUACCAUUGUGUUCAUUUCUAAUGCAAUUUUUCAAUAUACAUUUUAUAUUAGGUGCCUUUGACUGUCAAAUGUGCAGUAAUGUGCGUUCUCUGUUUUGGUAAUUGGAUGAAGGAGGUACUUAACUGUAAAAAGAUUAUCAUACAAAAAGACACUGAAGUUUAGUAAAUUUAGCUGACAGAAAAUCUUAACUGUGUUGCCUUAUUAUGCAUGUCCAAAUAUUUUCCUCAAAUCUGACUUUUCUUUAACUUAUCAUACAUAAAUACCUUCAGCAUCAGAGUAUGCUUACUGUGUGUCCUCCACUUGUGGACAGGUUUCCUUAUGUUUAGAGGAAGUCUUACAAACCUUUCUCAAAUCUGCAGCAGUCCAGGAAUAUAACAUGGAUAUUGCAUGUAAUUUUAAAAACCUACCAGCUUCAAAAUAUUAUACAUAUAUAUCUCAAAAGAAAACUCCAAACAUAAAAUGACCCCAAACCAGGGAAUGUAUCUGCACAGAAAUAGUAACUUUAUGUAUUAAUUUCUUGAUCUUACUAAAAAUGUGUUAAGGUAAAGUUGACCCUACGGUUAAAAUUAUGCACUGGGACAUGAAAUAAGGGGGAGUGGAGGUAUAACUCCAUCAUUCUUGACCUCGACACUAGGUGGAAAUGAGUGGUCAGCUUCACGUUCCAGCUGCUUUAACCCCGGAGAAAGAACACCUGGUACCCACUGGUCAGGAGUCCAGGUUGGCCCCAGAGGCAAUCGGGAUGCUGUGGAGUAGAGAAAAGUCCUGGCAGGAAAUGAACACUGGCCAUCCAAUCCAUUCAGCUUCACAAUUCCUGUUUUCUAUCUCACAUUCACUGCUCACAUUUCCACAUUCACUGUCAACAUUCCCAAAUUCCUCAUACUCCCACCAAACAUUGUCCUCCCUUGCAACCAUUUUAUUAGAUAUACAUUUUCUACAUUUUUAACUGUCACUUCUGGGAAGUCUUAACCCAUACCAAAAACUCUAAAAUUAAAAAUACUGUCACGUGUUAGUGGCUUGACACGGGGGUUUUGGAUUGAUAAUUGGAUUUAUUGAAGACUUAAACUCGUAACUACAAUCAUAGCACUUCUCUCAUUGGCCCUCGUUAUGUAGUCUCAGUAUGGACCUCCCAGAAAACACUGCUUCCAACAAUUCCUCUACUGCCAUGUUUGCCAUGCCACAGCCUAGCAAUGGCCAUCUCUUUUGUUCCAUUAUUCAGGUUUUCAGUUAUCAUGUCACAAUAUUGUUAUUAAAUGUAAAAAAGGGAACCAUUUUAACUAGAUAAAUCAAUGACAACAGAUACAUAUUCAUGAACCACCUGAUGAUGAUCCCUGCAGACUGAAAUAAAUUGAAUAUUAACACUUUAAUAUCAGUCUCAUAUCAGUUUUUGUGUUGAUGGCUCCCAAAAUGCCUUGAAUACAAGAUACACAACAGGAUACAAAGAAUAAAGACACUUCUGGGAAGAUUUGAUGCAACAAUAUCUUGAACCACUGGCAUAGCUGUUCUAUACUGGGCUCCUUUAUUCUCCACACUGUUGUCAGAACAUGGUCCCCUGCCAGCAGCCAUUCAGAAUACAGUUGCUUCAAAUGAUCCUUAGAAGAUUUAUUCACUGCAAUAAGAUCAGUAUUCAUUACAUGAAUUACAGAUGUAACUUUCAUUAUUAGUAAUUAAAGUAAAAAAGUAAAGCUAUCCCUGUAACGGGCCAUGAAGGCCCA